AUGAAUCCGACAAUUAUGGCGACAUCGCUUGCGCCACCAAUGAAUACGGAGACUCUCUGCGUCGUCACUGCAGACGCUUUAUUUCUAUUGCAAUUCAUCGCUACCUUGUUGCCCAAGAAGCAGGAGAGCAGCUUCCAGCAAGCAUCACCCAUUAUCAUAUAUACGAAGCCCAGGCGUUUCUGCCUCUCAUACCAAAGAAGGGAGAAGAAGAAGAAGGCAAUGGCAGCGGCGGCAGGAGAAGUGAGGCUGAUCGGGGCGUGGCCGAGCCCGUACGUGCUGCGCCCGAGGGUCGCCCUGAACCUGAAGGGGGUGGAGUACGAGUUCUUGGAGGUGAAGUUCGGGGAGAAGAGCGAGCUGCUUCUCAGAUCCAACCCUGUGUACAAGAAGAUCCCCGUCCUCCUCCACCACGACAAGCCCGUCUGCGAGUCGAUGAUCAUCGUGGAGUACGUCGACGGGGCCUGGGCUAAUUCCGGCCAGGCCAUCUUGCCGGCCGACCCCUACGAGCGCGCCCUCCACCGCUUCUGGGCCGUCUACAUCGACGACAAGUGGUUCCCAUCAAUGGUCGGCAUCGGAAAGGCUGAAACAGAGGAGGCCAAGGCCGAAUCCGCGGAGCAAGCGCGGGCCGGGCUGAAGCUGCUCGAGGAGGCGUAUCACAAGGUACAAACAAAGUUUAUUGAUGAGGAGAAGAUGCCUCUACUUGUGGGGUGGAUGGAUAGGUUCUAUGCCCACAAGGCAACGAAGGUGGUGAUGUGA